AUUCAGGUUCAUAAUUAAAUAACCCUUCACCAAUUCGUAAUUGACUUCUUGUAAAUUAAGAAUAAGGGCAGACAGAGACAUCUGCAGGGGCGAGGUGACGUCAUUAAUCGAAUCAGCUGUUUCUGACAUUCUGUCAGUGGUCCUGAUGUAUUCAAACGAUAGGGAGUGCCAAAAGUCCUGAUAAAAAGCUGUUAAAAUGCUUGUGUCUGUGGAAUAAAUCGUGCAAAAGAGAAUUAACAGGAAAAUGGCGACGAGGAAUCUUACAGAGCCAUUCGUCCUCAUGAGGAAUAAUGCCCUCCAGAGCAAACACAUUUAUGCCGAACAGAAUCUGUCUGAUCGAAUGGCCCUGGUGGGCAGUGAUCGCAGGGGUGUGGAUAAUGUGGAGCUGAAGAGAAUUAAUUUAGGGGAUUCUUCGCCACCCGCUUGGACAGAUGCUCUAGAAGAAACUCAGUACAUACUCAGCAGGUUGAGAAAUAAAUUAGAUAGUUUAAUUGAACUCCACGGGAAACAGGUGACGAGACCAACCCUCGAUGAUACCUCGCAGGAGGAGAGACAGAUGGAACAAUUGACCAGAGAAAUAGGAAAGGCCUUUUCGAGUGGUUAUCGUCAGGUUCAAAUUGUUAAAAAUGCUGCAAGACACGAGACGAGACCUGCGGAGCGUAACCUGGCGAUGAGUGCUGUCCUGGCUCUGUCAUCGGCUCUCCAGGAGCUGGGACUGCGUUACAGAACUGCUCAGAACAAUUAUUUACAACAGGUGAAUUCCAGGGAGGAGAGGAACAGGCCCUUCUUCGAGGAAGACCAACUCCUCCUUCCCGAUGUAUCCACAGAUUCGUGGGUGCCUGAUAAUAAUUAUAACGAGCCGAAUGAUCAAUUCUGGCAGCCUGUGCAACAGCAGAGGCAAGAAUCUGUUUUACUGCAGCUCGAGGAAGCCGAGAACUCUAUGAGGCAGGCUGCCGAGAGGGAGCAGGAGGUUGGACACAUUGUCCAGAGUAUAGCCGAUCUAAAUUACAUCUUCAAGGAUCUAGCAGCAAUGGUACAUGAUCAAGGUACUAUUCUCGAUAGAAUUGAUUAUAAUAUCGAGCAGACCCAGUGCCAAGUACAGGAGGGCUAUAAGCAAUUGAAAAAAGCUGACUCUUAUCAAAGAGCGAAUAGAAAACUCUACUGCAUCAUGAUCCUGGCUGGUGCUAUAAUUCUCCUCAGUUUCCUCUUUAUCCUGUUUAAAACCUAGUCUUCAUCAACUAUUUAUUUUUACUCGUAAUUAUUUUAAACCUCACGAAAAGAUUAAAUUGAAAAUCACAUUUUAGCAAAAUAAUUGAUUCAAUAUUCAUUUUAUAAUUAAUUUUCAUUGAAUGUUUCGUGGUAUGAAACUUUUAUGGUGGCAUUUAAUUAAAUAAAAGUAAUGAUAAUGAUGUACUGCUAUGAUGAGUAAAAGAGUUUAUGGCUAAUUUCGGUAAUCAGGUUUUCAUGAUUAAUUGAUUAUUCACGCACUGAAAAUUGUAACGAUAUAUUGUUGGAUGUACAAAUAUUUAAAUAAUCGUAAUUGUUGUGAGGUAAUGAAAAAUCGGUAAUUAAAAUGGUAUUGAGAUGUUU